CUAAAUAAUAAACAGCAAAUCAUUCGUCAAAUUAUGGGUUAACAUGGUCAGCGUCCCUUUAACCGAGAUCUCGAUUACCGUAAUUUCCGGUCGUUUACCCGCACAGCCGAUUACCCGCACCGGCCGAUUAUUGCAUAAGGCGGAAGAAAAAGUCAACAGAUUACCCGCACGUUAUGUUAUUCAACUUUUUGGUGGCGGAAACGUGACAUUAAGGUGAUACAUUUCAGUCUUUUAAAAGUUGUCUGAUCCAACUUUCGAAAACUUGAAAGCGUCUUUGUCGAGUUUAAAGGUCAAAGAAAUUCAGACGCGUGCACAAUUCUGUGUCAAUAUUAGCAUGUACUUUAUUGAUAAGAUUAUACAGUAAAAACACUAGCGGACCAUGCCCAAAUCUCAACGCUUCAUACUUAACAGAAUGCGAAUUUGUGGUCACAUUUUGUGCGAGCGAUCGUUCGGCGCCAUAUUGAUUUGUUGAAAAAAAGCUGGGUGAGUAUUAGAACUUGAAUUAUAAAGUACUGUCGGCGAUUUCUGAAAAAAAAUCGAUAUCUCCGGUUCUAUUGGGCCUAACAAGUCCCUUAAAACGGGAAAAUUCUCUUUAGCUCAAGCUGUGUUAAAUGGAAAUUUGUUUCUGAUGCGCCGGAUAUCUUUGGAUUAUUUUUGUCACCAUCAAGGUUUUGUUUUCACGCGUGCCGAUAGCGCAACUAAUUAUGCGUGAAAUAAACUCGAGUCGGCAUCAUGUUUUCGUGCCGCUUUGCGGCACUCUUAAUACAAUAAAAUUCAUUUGAGAGGUGGAAACGCAUGUUGGUGAUAAUUUUUUUCAAUUCAACUACCACUAGAUUUUAAAAUUGUCACAUAACCAGCACCUCCCUAUUACCCGCAGUGGCGCGCGUUUAAUGCAAAAUCAACAGAUUACCCGCGGGUUAACGACCGGAAAUUAAAAACCGUACAAGGAAAAUAUAACAAAGCCUAAGUCAAUCUGCCAUUUACUCAAUUACAAUUCCGGGAAAGCACUGCUUAACGAAAGCGAUAAGCUCUUCCGUUAGAGACGGGCCUUCCUCAGUCCUCCACAACAGACCCUGCAAGUGGCCUGCUUGGAACCAGGGACGACGUGUGCACAGACACGCUAUGUUAAUAUGGUAGUACCUUCUUUGUGCUCUUCCUAACUUCCAACAUUUGGUGCAAUCUAGGUACAUAUUUGGAUUCCAGUCCACCUCUAAACGUCCAAUGACUGCUAUGCUGUCAACAGAUUGAGAGUCUUUUUGAAAAAACGAAAAAGCGAGAAGAGACAAAAACGGGGGUUUCCCUUAAUUUGAAGGCACCGAAGGGAAAAAUCCCAGUCCUCUUGACCUGUUCAUUGUCUGAAAAAGCAAAAGAAAAACUUCUUUGGACUUCUAAGACGCUGUCUUCCUCGGGGGUUUCCCAUUCAUUCCAAAAAUACAAAAAGCUGCUGUUAGCACUUUUUGCAUCAUUUUUUGCACUGUCACGAGACAUACAAGGAUGACUCUUGUUAUUUCACUCUGCAAGACGUGAUUGUUGAUGAGCAAUCUCUCUCUCUAGCUAUUUGGAAACUAGGCUGUUAAUCACCGAGAAAAUUUUGAGAAUUGAAGUUUUGCAAGACAUACGUGACUCAUCAUCUGAUGCGACUGUCUGGUGACAUCACUUGUCUCUUGAAAUAAGAUAUGAAUAAUGAUUCAAUUUUUGUUCCCCGCGCUUGUGCUAGGGAUUGAGGAUAUUCAUAAACCAUCUUACCAGAAAAGAAGAGAAAACCGUGCAGAAAUAUUGCUUGCCUUUUUAAGUUGUAAGAGCGACGAACUGAAAGAAGAGAAAGGUUAUCGAGGACAGUGUUAAAUUUUUCCGACGGGUUAGACCCUGUUCAGUCGUAAGAAGAGACAAAAUUAAUAAAAUUGAUCUCCUUAUAUAAUUUGUCGGCUGCUUGGAGCGAUUACCUGUUGUAGGAUAUCAAUUGCAUCAUAACAUUUAACACGGCUUUGCAGUUGUCUCUUUCUCUUUGACCGGAGAGAAAAAAAAUAGACGUCUUCUAACUGUUGCCUUAACACAUUGUGUGAGAUAAGACCCUGAGAGAUACUGAGAGCAGACCAAAGAGAUGCCUAUGGAAGAAAUCUGGCAGACGAAACUUCCAACUCUUGUUGAUAGAACCACUUCUAUUUUCAACAGUGAGUUACUGAGCGAUGUAAAAUUUGUCGUUCCGGUGUCGACUGCGGAAAGUGAAAGUAAGAAAGUGAUCCCAGCUCACAAGUUUGUUCUUGCCAUCAGUAGUCCUGUGUUCUUUGCCAUGUUCUAUGGUCAAAUGGCGGAGACUAAAGACUCUGUUGACCUGCCUGACUGUGAGUACGAGAGUCUGUUGGAGUUGUUUCGUUUCUUGUACAGCGACAAAGUGAAUUUAAGCGGAAGUAAUGUGAUGCAAGUGUUGUACUUGGCGAAUAAAUACAUGGUGCCUUCACUCUUGGACAAGUGCACAGAAUACCUUUGCAACAACUUGACAACAUCCAACGUAUUUUGUAUCCUGACACAUGCUCAGAAAUUUGGCGGUAAAUCUUUAGAAGAUCGAUGCUGGGAGGUGAUUGAGCGGCGAACCGAAGAGGCUGUGACUUCAGACGAAUUUGUUACAGUUGAGCGAUCUGUUGUUGAAUCUGUUGUCAAGAGAGAAGUAUUAAAUGUGAAAGAGGUGGAACUGUUCAAAGCUGUUGAUCGCUGGGCUACAAAGGUGUGUGAAAAGGAAAUUCCAAUAGCCCCCAGUGAUGGAGAAGAAAAGAGACGAAUUCUUGGAGAUGAGAUCGUUAAAGCAAUACGGUUUCCACUGAUGUCGGAAGAGGUGUUUAUGUCUGAGGUGCUUAAUUCUCACAUCCUUGCUCUUAAUGAGGUUGAAGAUAUGAUAAAGCAUUACAGAGGGGUUCUUCAGUCACCUUUGCCGUUUAAGAAAGGCGCGAGGGGUAAAAUUGACUACAUCCGUUGUAACCGAUUUCAAAAGUUUAAUGCUCCGUGCAGUGGAAGCGAUGGUUGGUUAGGUGCCGGGUAUUACAGUGUUACAGUCCCAAGCUCCGGUGGUUCUUGGUCUUACAAUGGUGCAGCGGCUGACAGUGUCAAUUUUACAGUCAACAAGCCAAUCAUGUUACACGGAGUUCAACACUUCGGUUCUGUAGGUGGCAACUACACGGUUUCCACUGAAGUUAAAGAUACCACCCACAACUCUUGUCUUGGAAAAGAAUCAGGAACUUACACCUCAGAAAAGGAAGACAGGAAGAAUUAUUAUGGCUUUGAUGUAUUGUUUGAUCGUCCAGUUUCGCUGGAAGCAAACAAACAGUACACCUUAAUGUCUGUUAUCGAGGGUCCUUUGUCAUGGUAUGGAGCGGAAGGACAAAUGUCCGCUGAGUCAGGAGGGGUGCAAUUCAGUUUCAGUGAUUCAGACGAUGAUUCUAACAGCACCUCGGUUACAAACGGCCAGUUUCCAGUCAUUAUUUUCAAUUAAUUUCUGGGUACACUACUUAGUGGUUUCUCUUUUUUACUCGUUAAGUUUUUCAAGACUUCAAUUGAAGGUACGUCUUUUACGGAUGAAAGAAGUCGAAAAAGAUUCUUAAGAAAUUAGCAUCUGGCAGUUAAAAGAAAGCUAAAUGAAUUUCGAAUUUGGUCCGUUAGUUUUUCUCAGUUUAAGAUUUUUCUAAAUUUCGUAUGCGUGAAAAGGCACCAAAUAGGUCGUUUGAUUCUGGCCCCUUUGAUUCCAUCAUCAGAAAAAUAGUAGAGUGGCAAAGUUUAGUUCAAGGCGUUUGUAACGAAGUUUUCAUGUUUUUAUCGGUACAAUUUCUUGUUGAUUGUUUCAAUUCAAUUUUGCUCUGUAGGCAAGUCGAGGCGUUGUGACCAGGAGCAAUGGGUUUCAAGGAUUUAUAAAGUUUAGAAUUUUUUCAAGGUUUUCACACUGGCAGACAUAAACUACGGUGUUAAACAAGGAUUUUCAGCCCUGAAAUCGUGAUGUUAGGCUCUUGUUGAGUAAAUUUUGAGGUGAAAGAACUCUUGAAAGACGACAGACUUGUAUUAAAUGUCGAUUUUCAAUAAGUGAAAACAUU